GCCAGAACAACAUCCUAGAAGACAUCAUCAGAGACAAGAAGCUGACCUCGGGAUAUUUUAGCCUUGAACCUUUUUUUCCAUCAAACCAAAAGGGAAGUGCAGCCAUGGGGGCUUAUCGGACCAGACAAGCAGGCAGGAGCCUACAGGUGGGAUCAACAAGGACUCACUUGAGUCCAGCCAUGGCAACUGGCACACUGCAGCUGCAGAGGUGGCCGUGGCUGCAACCAGCCAGCUGCUGGAGGACAUCAGAGGGGCUGCCGGGGACACAGACUUCCUACGGAUGAUGGGGAUCUCUAGGAAUGGAUCUAGAGUUCUGUGUUUUGUGAUCGACACCACCGGCAGCAUGUCGGACGACAUCGCAGCAGUAAGGGAGACGACGUCGCUCAUCAUCGACAGCAAGAGAGGAACGCCAGACGAACCCUCAGCCUACAUCUUGGUCCCCUUCAAUGACCCAGACUUUGGGCCCCUGAUGCGGACCACGGACCCAGAUGUCUUUAAGGCCCAGAUCAAUGCACUGAGUGCUGAUGGAGGAGGGGAUUUCCCAGAGAUGAGUCUAUCAGGACUUCAGGUGGCUUUAACUGGUGCACCCCCUCUUCAGAGAUCUUCCUUUUCACCGAUGCCCCGCAAAAGACUUGAACCUAAUGGGCACGGUGAUCGCUCUCAUAGAACGCACUAAGUCAGUGGUGUCCUUCUUCCUAACUGGCUCUUUGGGGCUCCGUCGUAGGAGGGCUAGUGACCAGGGCCAAGGACAGGUCCAGCACAGUCGGAUGGUAGAGUCAGACUCCCAGCUCUACAUGGAGCUGUCCCAGGCCUCAGGUGGCC